AUGAAAACCUCAAGGGCUAUAUACUGGAUUCGAUUGGUCACCUCAAGUCCUUGGUUGAAUGGUUCAAUUCCACAGUCAAUAUCAAGGCUUGUAAAUCUUGAAACUUGGUCUCUCAAUGAUAACUAUUUGAGUGGCAGGGUGGAGUUUGAGUUGUUUCUGAGACUCAGAAAGCUAGAUGCAUUGCAGUUAUCUAGAAACGAUAUUUCAUUGCUUACAAAUCCGAGUACCAACUCAACUUUUCCAAAAUUUACUAAAUUAUUACUAGCUGAUUGUGACUUGGGUGAGUUCCCAGAGUUUUUGAGGAACCAAGAUCAAUUGGAGCUGUUAGAUCUUAGUGGAAACAAAAUUCACGGUCAAGUUCCAAAAUGGAUGGGGAACGUAAGUACAGAAACUCUCUGGAGGUUAUAUCUGCAAGACAACUUUCUGAUCUGUUUCGACCAACUUCCGAUUGUAUUCCCCUAUGUUAAUCUAAAGGAACUGCGGCUUGAUUCUAACAUGAUUCAAGGGUCAGUGCCAAUCCCACCUCCUUCCAUUGAUUUCUGUAAGGGGCGUGUACCAAGAUCAUUGGCAGAUUGUACCAAGCUUGAAGCUGUUAGUCUUGGUACCAAUCAAAUACAUGAUAUUUUUCCUUCCUGGUUGGGCAUUCUUCCAAAGUUGAGGAUUCUCAUUUUGAGAUGUAAUGAACUCUAUGGUACAAUUGGAAGUUCUGAUAACAAUUUCGAUUUCCUGAAAUUGCACAUCAUUGACCUCUCAAAUAAUGAUUUUACUGGCAAGUUGCCCUCUGAACACUUCCAAAAUUGGAAAGCCAUGCAAAUCGUCGAUGCCGAGAGCUUAAAGUACGUGAAGGAAUACCAAACUCUAGCCAUGCCCUCUGAUAACAUGAGUUGUACCUACUCUUUCUCAAUGACAAUGAUCAACAAAGGCACAGAAACACUAUAUGAAAGAGUCAAUGAUUUGUUAAUAGCUAUUGAUCUCUCGAAUAAUAGAUUUGAAGGAGAAAUCCCAGAUGUGGUGGGGAAUCUAAAAGGACUUCAUUUACUCAACUUUUCCUCAAACUUUCUCACUGGACCUAUCCCAUUUACAUUGGCAAACUUGACAAGGUUAGAAGCAUUGGAUCUGUCUCAAAACAAGUUGUCUGGUGCGAUCCCUUUGCAACUAACAGAACUCACUUUCCUUUCACACUAUAAUGUCUCCUAUAAUCGUUUGACAGGACCUAUACCACAUGGGAAACAAUUCGACACAUUCAAUAUCAGUUUGUUUAGUGGGAACCCUGAAUUAUACGGAAGUCCUUUGUCAAAGAAAUGUGGGAAUCCUGCGGACUCACUGCCUCCAUCUUCAAGCCACAACUCAGAAUUCUCAUUUGAAUUUGGUUGA